UGGAACGUCACCGUCACACACCGACCACCGCGCUCCAGAGCCAGCCCCGAUACCUCGACCUUGUACGCCUCGAGCAUCAGGCGUCGGCCACAGGAUACAGACUGCCUGGCUGGUUGCGAGUACAACCACCCUCUCGAGCUGUUUCCGUGGCGUCGCCUGCACCCAUGGCGGACCCAUGUGAACCAGGCUCCCCACCUUGAAAAUGGGUAUCAAAGGCAUUUACAAGGAGAUCGGCCCAGGGAGGAGAGAGUCCCUGGCCAAGCUAGCCGUCACCACGCUUGAGCACGAGGGCAGGCCGCUGCGUAUCGCCAUCGACAUCUCCAUCUGGCAGUUCCAGACCCAGGCUGCCCGCGGCGGUGCCAACCCGGCAAUCCGCACCCUCUUCUACCGGCUCUUGCGGCUCCUCAGCCUUUCCAUACAGCCCAUCUUCGUCUUUGAUGGUCCAAACAAGCCUGCCUUCAAGCGCAACAAGCGCUCUGGCCGCGGCGAUGGUCUCUCCACCGCCAUGGCCAAACGCCUGCUCAACCUCUUCGGCUGCCUAGUCCACGAUGCCCCCGGAGAGGCAGAAGCCGAGUGUGCCCUCCUGCAGCAGCACGGGAUCGUCGAUGCCGUCCUCAGUGAGGAUGUUGACACCAUCAUGUUUGGCUGCACCCGGACCCUCCGCAACUGGUCCGCCGAGGGCACAAAGGGAAGCAAGGCUCCCACUCACGUCUCCAUCUACGAAACCCAGGAUAUCGCCAGAAUUGCUCCAGGUCUGGAUCGCGAGGGCAUGGUCCUUGUGGCUCUCAUGAGUGGCGGUGACUACAUCCCAGAAGGCAUUCCGGGGGCUGGUAUCAAGCUAGCUUGCGAGGCUGCCAAGGCCGGUUUCGGCACCUCGUUAUGCAGACUGAAGCGUGCCGACACGUCUGCGUUGACAUCGUGGAAAGAAUGGCUCAUCUACGAGCUGCGCACAAACGAAAGCGGCUUCUUCCGGGUCCGGCAUAAGGCUCUCUCUAUCCCAGAAGAUUUCCCCAACUUCGACAUUUUGCGGUACUACACACACCCAGUCGUGUCACCUCAGUCCGUCCUGGAAACACUUCGGCAGAAACGGUGGCAGAAUCCCAUCAAUGUACCAGGACUACGCGAGUUCUCCAGGGAAACAUUCGACUGGGACUACAGGGGUGGAGCCUUCAAGUUCAUUCGUGUCCUCGCGCCAGUCUUGUUGGUUCAAAGGUUGAUGGACCGAAGCGGGAGGCCCGAGGAGAGUGCCAGUGAUGUCGACACCUUGGCGACGGAGGAGAAGCAGCUAGUCAGAGCCGUUUCCAGCCGAAGAGCACAUUUCAGCACAGAUGCAACUCCAGAACUACGCGUGUCAUUUAUCCCCACCGAGAUUGUAGGCCAUGCCUUUGAAGAGGAACCAGAGGAGGUCAUCGAGUCUGCACGCGAUGGUCUAGCGUUGAACAGUGACGACGACGUCGAUGCUGAGGAUGGUGACCUCGAGGCAAAUUCCAAAGCCGGAGGGAAGAAGCCUUUCAGCCCAACCGAGCCGGACCUUGCCUGGAUCCCAGAAACCGUUGCCAAGCUUGGUAUUCCUUUGACAGUAGAAGACUGGGAAGCUGCCCAGCGAGCCAAGCUCUCUCGGAAGGGCCAAAAGGUGAAGACCACAACAUCGAAGGCCGGGAAAGCGCAAGCUAUAAACAAUGGCGCAGGCUCGCUCGACAAAUUUGUCCGUGUCACCAAACCGCUGCCGGGUGGUAGAGAAACUGCCAAGGAUUCAUCUGUUGUGCCUCCUGGAACUCAAUCCACCUUUGUUGGGAAUCUCGCAGCCCAGACAUAUACCCCCUUCAGUCCGACUGCCGCCCGGCCGUCGAAAUCCAAUAUACCGCCAACGUCAAACUACCCUAACCAGCGCAAUCGUGGGGGCAGAACAACCCUAGGACUGCCAGGACCACCACCACCUCAGAUCCCAUUCUCAUCCAUUCCAGCCCGGCUGCCUCGCCUUCUGCGCUUUCGCUUUCCCAUGUGACGGCCGUGGAGGACGAUGUUCCUCAAGAUGGCGGCAUUGGUUCCAUGAAACCGUUGUCGAACACGAGCCCUCAGAAGCGACGGUCUGUCACACCAUCGAGUGAGUUGCAAAGAUCAGUCACCCAAUACAGCGACCUGGCACCGCCAAGUAGCCCGACUCCACAACGACCGUCUCGCACAUCCAGGAAACUGGCCCGGACAGAGUCUAUGCCAGCAGCUACUUCACCACGACAACUUGACAAGGCUGAACCGCGGCCAGCACGCGAAUUAGUGCGAGCACAUACGGUCGCGGCAGAUAUCAUAGAACUGGUAGACUCCGACGAUCCUGACGAUGAUGAUGAUGAUGAUGAUGAUGAUGAUGAUGA